AUGGUUAAUAUUCCAGGCAUACCUAAUGCAUUUAAUAAUCAUUUCACUGAUCUUGGUUUCAUUCUUUCCCAAAACAUCUCAAGUUGCUCUAUUCCACCAGAGAGUUAUAUCAGUGAAUCAAUGCAGGAAUUUAUUUUCUGUGAAAUAACUGAACAGGAAGUUUGCCAGUUAUUAUUAUCAUUAUCAUCUACUAAGGCAUUGGGCCCAGAUGGAUUACCAGCAAAACUUAUUAAACUGGCCUCACCUUACAUUGCUAAAUCGCUGACAACAAUAAUUAAUAGGUCUAUAUCCACCGGCAUAUUUCCAU